AUGCUCCUGUCGCAGGCUCGGGGGCGUUUGCCCUCGGCCUUCAAGGUUCUUCGCAAUGCCUCUUUACCGUCCCGAUCACUUUCCACCACCCUCCCGCGACGAAAAGCAUCUCCCACAGACGAUGACAAGCCCCUCAACAGUGUCUCCCGCCAUAUCACGCAGCCAAUUUCGCAGGGUGCUUCUCAGGCUAUGCUCUUCGCGACGGGUCUGACGGAGGCCGAUAUGAACAAGGCCCAAGUCGGAAUCGCCUCUGUUUGGUACACUGGCAACCCGUGCAACAUGCACCUGCUUGACCUCAACAAUCGCGUCAAAGAAGGAGUCGAGAAGGCUGGUCUCGUCGGCUAUCAGUUCAACACGGUGGGAGUCAGCGAUGGUAUCAGUAUGGGCACCAAGGGAAUGCGCUACUCCCUGCAGAGUCGCGAUCUCAUUGCGGACUCCAUCGAGACGGUCAUGGGCGGACAGUGGUACGAUGCGAACAUCAGCAUCCCGGGCUGUGACAAGAACAUGCCUGGUGUUCUGAUGGCAAUGGGACGGGUCAACCGGCCCAGUUUGAUGGUCUACGGAGGUACAAUCCGUCCCGGAUGCGCCGUGACGCAGAACAACGCCGACAUCGACAUCGUGUCCGCUUUCCAGGCAUACGGACAGUACAUUUCCGGACAGAUCACCGAGGAGGAGCGCUUUGAUAUCAUCCGCCAUGCUUGCCCUGGCGGCGGUGCCUGCGGUGGUAUGUACACCGCCAACACAAUGGCGAGCGCCAUUGAGGUCAUGGGUAUGACCCUUCCCGGCUCCUCGUCCAACCCGGCCGAGUCCAAGGAAAAGUACCUUGAAUGUCUGGCUGCGGGUGAGGCAAUCAAGAACCUGCUUGUGAAGGAUAUCCGCCCCAGGGAUAUCAUGACCCGCAAAGCCUUUGAGAACGCCAUGGUCCUCGUCAACAUUACGGGUGGCUCGACCAACGCUGUGCUUCACCUGAUCGCCAUCGCCGACUCUGUUGGCAUCAAGUUGACUAUCGAUGACUUCCAGGCCGUGUCGGAUCGCACGCCGUUCCUGGCGGACUUGAAGCCGUCGGGCAAAUACGUCAUGGCAGACUUGCACAAGAUUGGCGGUACUCCGGCCCUUCUCAAGUUCCUGCUCAAGGAGGGUGUGAUCGAUGGAUCGGGUAUUACUGUCACUGGAGAGACCCUUGCUAAGAACCUGGAGAAGGCCCCCGACUUCCCAGAUGACCAGAAGAUCAUCCGGCCCUUCUCCAACCCGAUCAAGAAGACUGGUCACAUCCAGAUCCUGCGGGGAAGCCUGGCCCCGGAAGGCAGUGUGGGCAAGAUUACUGGAAAGGAGGGUACGCGCUUCACGGGCAAAGCGCGUGUGUUUAAUGACGAGGACGAUUUCCUCGAGGCGCUGGAGCGCAAGGAGAUCAAGAAGGAGGAGAAGACCGUUGUCGUGAUCCGAUAUGCGGGCCCGAAGGGCGGUCCUGGAAUGCCCGAAAUGCUGAAGCCAUCUUCUGCUCUCAUGGGUGCCGGUCUUGGUUCGUCGGUGGCCCUAAUCACUGAUGGCCGAUUCUCGGGAGGUUCUCACGGUUUCCUUAUCGGCCACAUUGUCCCUGAGGCCGCGGUGGGUGGACCGAUCGCUCUCGUCCGGGAUGGUGACAUUAUCACCAUUGACGCCGAGAAGCGCGUUCUGGACCUGGAAGUCAGCCAGGAGGAGCUCGCUGAGCGCCGGAAGCAAUGGGAAGCGGACAAGGAGGCAGGCAGGCUUCCUCCCACGGGUCUGACAAUGCGGGGAACAUUGGGCAAGUAUGCUAGGUAUGCAUCAACUUUACUCUCUCGAUACACUUAUGGCAGAAGAAAUAUGCUAACCUUUGUUUUUUUUUUCCCAUUGCAGAAACGUCUCCGACGCCAGCCACGGCUGUAUCACUGA